AUGCAGCCAGCAGUCGCGCGGAGUGAGGCAUACUGGCGCAACGACGGCUCAGUACGCCGCCAGCUGAGCAAAAGAGGACGACCGGAUGCAAAUACUGCCGGUACCGGAGAGUUCGUGCGACUGGCGGCGGCCAUCGACGGGUGCACGACUUUCAAUCCUAAACAAUGGCGGCGUGUGCUGGAUAAGUCAGCGACAGUGCUGCGUCGUCGCAAGAGCGACGUCAUUCACUAUGCCGACAAGAUUAACAAAGGCGACAAGAAGAGGGUGGUGGGAGGAGACAAGAAGACACUUACUCAACGUCCUUUAUCUCGAGAUGAAGACAAUGUGGAUCCAAUUGACUGGACAUCGCGCCCUCCACUCUCAGUGGCACAGUACUUGAACCAGCCAGAUAUGGUGAGAGAUAUCCUAAAAGAAGCCCGAAACGGUGAAUUAGAGGGCCAGAAGGCCGAUGGUGAUGAUGAGGUUCUGGUAACAGAGGUUCAAGAACGAGAGCAUGAGAUAGAUGGUGAUAAGGAGAAGAAUAAUGUGCAAAACGAUGAACGACAGACUAGUGAUGGAAAUACGACAAGAGAGGGGACUUCUCACGUAGUACUGCCUUUGUUGACGACGAUGUCGCCUCGAACGAGGCGUGGACUGGCACACCUACCUCCUCCUUGCGAAGCCGAGAUGCGUGAGAUUGAGAGUUUUGAGCGCUCGAUAGAUCACCCCGAUUUUUUCGAAGAUUUUUAUCGUGAGCUAAAGAGGAAGCGGAUAAAACAAGCUCGACGACAAAAUGUAGUAGCUGAAGUCUCGUCUGUUAAGGUAGAUAUGAAGAAUUCGAUUAUUUUGUCGUCGUCGAUGCGGAAACCUAAGAGGCACCGCGGUGCUAUUAAACCGGCUAAACUACCAACGAUUCCAGCGGAGGAGACAGUAAAUGUAAAGGAGUACGUCGAGAAUUGCGCCGACAACGUCAAGACCAAGCAGCUAUUUGCAUUCAAAAACAUGCACGACGGAUAA